GAUAAUGCCAACGGACACCCGGUCACCAGCAACGCAGCGGAGAGCUCGGCUCUGUAAAUUGUAACGCUUUCGCGUCUUGGCCAGGAGACGAGUCUUAGCGAUAGCUUCGCUGUCGAUAUUUUGCUGUGGCUUUAUCGUGAAUCAUUACGAAUAACUUCUAUAUCCGCCUGGAUCGCAUCAAUCGUGCCUUGUAGUUCCGACAAUGGAUUCGAGGGAAUUGUGUAUCGGACAUCGAUGUGCGCGUCAUACAGCGUAGAUGUGUUUCUCCCGGGAAAACUAAUGAGGGAUUGAUUCCGUCGCUGAUGUAGCCUGUCAAUAACUGUCUACAAAACGACGAUAACAUCGUGACGCAAUUAGGGAGCGCUAUUCUCGCGGCGCAAUUGCGCCAGAUAGACAACAAUGCGAAUAUUACUACCAAAUGGAGAAGUGAGUGAUUACUUCGUGGGUGGUAGCGGAUGCUCUGUGGCGAUUUUGUCGAUCGGGUUUGCGGCCACGUAGGUGGUGCACGUAGGUGAAAGGUGUUUAUCGGGGAAAUAAAUCAUUCACGAGCACCAAUGAAAUCGUGAGCUGCGAUUGUAAUAGUGAACACAUUCGUUGCGUGACGAUCUCGGCACUAUUUCGCAAUUGUGAACCAAAAAUCCCUGAAAUAUCAUCUCGGUAGAGUGAUUCCGAUACUUGUGCACCAAGUGAGUUUGACCCACUUCAGAUUGCAAUGCGCUGAAGCGCGUUUAUUUCCCGAGUUGAGAAGUUUUCUCGUGAGCAUCUACAAACUUUGCUGAUCGCUGUAUUUGUUACGCAACAAGGAUGAGAGAAUACUCGAGAAGAUGUCGGUAUUGCGCGCCUGCGAUAGAUUAGCUAUAAUCGAUUAAAUUAUUAUUCAUACAGCGACAUAAAAGCGAUGCCUAGUGAUCACGCGAGUACGCAUCGUCACUCUGUUUUGCGUCUUCCGUUGAGUAUAUUACGAGCUAGAAGAAGAUACGGUAGUCGCCGCAUGGCUCGACUCGGUGUACUGGUACACCGUGGCAGAGCGAAUAAUGGAUAUGAGAAGAGCAGAGGCUAAGUAGCAGGCUGCAGGUACAGAAACGGAGACGGCGCGUGGAAUAGAUUGGAAAGAGGCGUGUGGCCGACAGAAAGCAAGAGUGAACGCCAGCGGGAUAGACACGGGGGGCGAAAGUAAGGUACGGGAGCGUCGGCCAUUGUGACAAAGUCGUGGGGGAGAAGUGUGGAGUCGCACGAAAAAUGAGGGAGCAAGCUCUGUCGGAUGUGUGGCGGCUGGUGUGGUUGCUCUGCCUCAUUCUGGCGACGAGCUUAGCGCAAACGUCGCAGGUCUGUCCGUCCCACGGCGAGAUCGCGCCCUGUUACUGCAGCGUGAAGAAAUCCGGCCUGGACAUUGUAUGUGAGAUCACCGACCUGACACACAUCACCAAGGCCAUGGCCGUGCUUAAGGGAAGGCCGAACCUCGUGAUAUUCUAUCUUAGGCUCAGGCAUAACACCCUGCCCAAGUUGCAGGGAUACGUGUUCCUCGGGCUCGACAUACGCCACCUCACCAUCCAUAAUAGUAGCCUCGCAGUGCUCGAGGAAUCUUCCCUUAGUUCUAUUGGAUCAGCAUUGACACAGUUGGAUCUCUCCCAAAAUUCGUUGGGUAGUGUCCCUUCCGUUGCGUUACGAGAUCUCCACCAUCUUUUGAUUUUGAAUUUAAACCGUAAUAAAAUCACAGCCAUCCACGGUAGAGCUUUUGAAGGUCUCGACACACUCGAAAUCCUUACCCUUUAUGAAAACAAGAUCUCCACUAUAGAAGCAGAUGCAUUCAAAGGACUCGAUAACCGAAGACUCAAAAGACUUAACUUGGGCGGAAACGAGCUCACGAGGAUCCCAACUCAAGCUUUAUCUACGUUAGAAUUGUUGAAAAAAUUAGAAAUGCAAGAGAAUCGCAUAUCUACCAUAAAAGAGGGAGAUUUUGAAGGAUUGAAAGCGCUCGAUUCAUUAGGAUUGGCGCACAAUCAGCUUCGUGAAGUCCCGGCGCGUGUAUUCUCCCACUUGACGCAAUUAAACUCUUUGGAACUGGACGGAAAUCAGAUUACCCAUGUGGAUGCCAAUGCGUUCAUCGGUCUUGAGGAAAAUCUACAAUAUUUACGACUGGGAGAUAAUAAUUUGCAUUCGGUACCGAGCGACGCUCUGCGACGUUUGCAUCGCUUACGCCACCUUGAUUUGCGGUCAAAUAACAUCACUGUACUUCCGGAGGAUGCUUUCACGGGCUAUGGAGAUUCCAUCACUUUCCUUAAUCUACAGAAAAAUAUGAUUAAAAUACUUCCGCCUCUGGUAUUCGAAAAUCUAAAUUCGCUAGAAACUUUAAAUUUGCAAAACAACAGACUCACACAUAUCCCAGAAGAAGUUACGGAGAACAUCGUUGACACUCUACGUCACAUCGAUAUGACAGACAACCCUUUGAUUUGCGAUUGCGAGCUACGAUGGUACUCCGCGUGGCUCGGGAAUUUGCGCGACAAGGACGACGAGAUGAUGUCAAAGAAGCGGACGGUCUGCAUGAUGCUUACGGAACAUCGUGAAUACUCCGUGCAGAAUAUCCCGCUCGAAAGGAUGGGCUGCGCGGGAAAGAACGCCGGGAAAUUCUCAUCGUCAGCUACCGGCUGUAGAGCGUAUGUCGAUGCGACAUUACCGUUUAUUGUUCUUACUGCUGUUCUAGUGUAAUUUUGCAAGGGCGCGCGGCAUCGCGAUGAUAGACGGUCGACUUUUCGUUUCAAUGUCGAUGGGACGAUUAAUACUACUGGCCGUUGUCAUAUUAAACUGUUAUUAGAAUUCACAAAUGACGUAGAUCACUAAACAUUUUUUAUUUCGUUAUUCAGUUCUAUAAAGAAGAAGGGUCCCUUGCUUUUCGAGGUAAUCGUGACGCGAUAGCGGAGACGCGUCACGAUUCCACGAUAGCCAUCCUCUUGCCAGAAAUUGAAACACCACUUUAUCACGUACCAUCGCGAUAAUUCAACACAUUCGCGGUAGACGCGGCCUGAUAUGGAAAUGGCGUAAGGGAUUUGUGGCACGAAAAGUCGGCGCAUCAUCGCAAUGUCCGUUUGUCACGAUCGGCCGAAUCAUAACAAGAUUUGAAGCCUGGAGUAUCUGGUAUUAAUAUUCGAACGGAUUGGCUACGAUUCGGUACGACGGGUAGGAAUGAUUGAUUCCUUUGCCUUUCGAGAAGCCGCCUUUUUUUCUUUAUUUCCCACAGGAGGUACGCAAGGACGUAUUUCUAUUUCGCGUGCUGAGUGGUAUAUUAUGCGUACAGCGAUGGUUGCUUUUUUGUGUAGAGACACGCGUCCAUGCGAUGCGAUCGCGCGUGGACAAUCAUGUGGCAUUUGGUAACCGCGACAAUCCAUCAUUUGAGAACUGAGUACUUUAAAUUUUUCUGGAUACUCGCCGGGGGGGCUUUCCUUUCCGAAACGCCCCUUGUCGAUCACUCAAUUCGAUUAGUCUUCAGUACGACAAUCUAUCUUUGUUGUUCGCAAGAAAGCUUGCCGAAAUAUUUGUACAUUGUUUCAAUCGAAUCGAUACACAUCUGAAUUUCUUUUCAGCGCCGUUUUUAAAUUAUUUAAUGUCGUAAUAUGAAUCGAUUCUCUCUCGCGAUAAAGUUUUUAAUGUCCACCGUACGCCAUAAGUCUGAUUUUAUUCGCCGCGUGUUUGAUCAAGCCCAUGAAAUACAAUUCGCAAAAGUACAAUGAUCGUUAAAAAGUUAAUCGCUGCGGUAAGUUAGAUCGCAGUAAGUAUCAAGAGCAAUUCUUUCAAUUCCUGCAUAUUGAAAUCAGAAUGUCGCAGGAUCGCUAGACAUUAAUGUAAUGAACGGUGUGUAGAAGAUGUAUUUGCUACGCGAUGGUGGAUUAAUUUCUGAUAAUAUCAUUGUUAUUUAUAAACCCCUCAGAUGCUUUACGAUCGAAUUGCAAACGGCAGCUACAAAAACUAAGCAAUGAACCCGCGCCCCCUCAUGCUGCUUCUGAUGAUUCGUCGAAAAGCCUUUUACCGAAUAAAAAGACUAAUAAGAUACAUAUCUUUAAUUCUUACUGUGGUAGCAGCGAGGUAUCACUCGUUUAUGUAGUUCGAUGGUAUAGGAUCUGAGCGAUUGCUAGGAACAAACGUCGAUCGAACGAUCGACCAGUGGACCGUAGAAUUCUCGCUCGCGAGGAGCGCGCGAGUUUUCUUCACCAGAACGUUACAUAUCAGCAUCGUUGCCAAUUAUUUCGUGGUUAUCCGUUAAGCUCGCGGCGCGAGGCGUAGUAUACUCACUAGCGGAUUCGAGUAGCCGGAAGUCAGAUUCCGGACCACUCGUUAUAUACAUAUCAAUGCGUUCCUGUUGAACACGAAUAAUCGAUAUCAUCCGUACGCUAUUUCCCAUGUAUCACGAUCUUUCACAACUUUAUCGGAAAUGGCUAUUAUUUUUACUUGUUCAAGAUCUUGUUCAGAUUUUAGAAAUUUACAGCAAUUAUCCGAACAGAUAUAUCACUUUAUAUUUAUUAAGAACAAAUUGUCCAAAAGUAGGUCAGUCGACUUUUCUGUUUAAAAUUAUAUCAUAAAUGAUUCUCGUUGGUUAAGACACACUGAUUAGGAAAUAAAAUGAGUCAAAAAUUAAAUAAAAUAAAAAAAAAUAAAAAAAAAUAGAAAAAUAGUAACAUUCAUCUUUUAUCAGCUUUUCUGCUAGAAUGCUUCUGCACACGGUAGUCGCUAACAUCUUGAGAUCGCCCCAAUACUUAACUCGAUUCGCAAAGACCCGGCUGCGCGAAAUGAGAUAACGACUGUGCUGAUGACACGUAAUAUUCCCAACGAUACUCUCAACAGGAAACCGACACUUGUCAAAGGCGGUAGAGCACAAACGCGGUUAUUCAAACGCCUCGUUGCGUUCGCUUUACGACUCGGUUACUUCGCGCCGCGGCAGCUCACAUGUGCACUAAAAUUGCAUCAUCUUGCCGAAGGAAACGCAUACACGUGUUCGCGAUGAUCGCAAGACGCAAGACACAAAUAAUCGUAAAAGCAUAAUAAUAUCCGUCUGUUGUGUUUAAAAUAUUUCUCGUCUGCUAACAAUAAUAUCCGCUUACAUAUGGAAGAUCGUGGCACAUGAGAAUAUAAUUUACGUGCUUCGUUUCGAAACACGUUCGGCGAAUUCAACAAUGCAUAUCCAACGACGAACGCGUUUCUCAGCGAAGACGUCAUCGUACGGCUGAUCGAUCGUGCAGGAACUGUAGAGUUCACAGGACGUAGUGCUGAUCACAGUGCUAACGCAGAAAGUAACAUGUGUUUUGCUAUUCGAUACGUAUAAAAAUAAGAAUUAUAGAAUUAAGCCUAAGACGUUAUUGUAAGGAGCAUACAUCGCGUAAUAUUAGGACGCCGGUAUGCGUUAUACGACGCGUCAAGCCAAGCUUUUCGAAAGUGAAUUUCAAAGCUACGAAUUCCGAAAAAUAUUUCAGUUUUUUUGAGUAUUCCACAUUUCGGUUUGGUACGUAAAAUAAUAUACAAUUUUUGCAUUUUUGUGUUAACAGCAGUUUUGUGUUAACAAUAUUUUUCAUAUAUAAAAUAUUAGAAUCUUUUUUUUCUAAUUUAGUAACGGUAUUAUACUUCAACAUAAUAAGCAAAAUAAUUUUUAAGCCAAUUUUCAAAAAAAAAAAAACACAUUAGGAUAUAUCUUAUUACUUUAAUUAUUUUAACUCAAAAUGGAAAAAGAGAAAUUACAUUGUGACUGCAACAUUUCACGCAAUUAAAAAAUAAAUGUGAGCUAUAUUGGAUGAUUGAUGUAACAAGACCGUCUCUGUGCUCUAGAAAAAAUUAUUUAAUUAAUACUAAUAGGUUUAAUUCGCGAGCUAAAAUGUUCUCUUUCGAAUGUGCAGGCAGAGACGCGUGACGAUUUCACAUACAUACGUACACAUAUCAUUUAUACGCCCAAAUCUACUUGUAAGAUAAACUGAUUAACUAAGUCGAUUUAAGGCUUGACGAAGCUGUAACGACUAAAGAUCGUAUACAUAUCGUGAACGUACGAGAUUUAAGAGAAUUUAUUUGUUAACAUAUACAUAUAUAUAUACAUAUAUAUGUAUGUUACAUAUAAUAUAUAUAUUAUUACGCAUUACUUUAUGAUUAUAAAAGAUAUAUAUAUAUUAUAUAAACCUAUAUCUCUUAUAUAUAUUAUACAUAUAUGCACUAGAUGUUUUUUCUAAGAAGUUAUAUUGAUAAAAAUAUAAAACUGCCGAGCACAUACUGGCGUUGUAACUAUAGUUUCCAUUUAAAUCCGGAACGUCCAGUUUCACGUUCCGUUUUAUUGUACUGUCAGUUAUAAAAUAUUUUAACAUGAGAUCUGAACGAGCAAUAUUCAGUGUGAUUGCUAUGUUAAAUUUUAUCGUGAUACGUUAGAUAAUAAGAAUUAACGAUACGCCGAAUGCGAUCCUCUGCAGGCCCUACUUUAGCUUAGGAUUCGUACGAGGCAUAUCUAAUAUUACCUUUUAAUAAUUUUCUUUAUCUAAUUACAUGCGAAUAAUUCAUGAGCAUAUUUGCACGAUUACCUUAAAACUUGUACACAAUUAUGAUUAUUAAAAAGAAAAAAACGGCAGUGUGUGAACGGCAAUGAGUUAUAAAAAAGUUGAUAGAUAUGAAAGUAAAACUAGCAAAAUAAUAUAAUAAUUAUCUGAGUCAGAAGUUCGAAAUAUAUACUUUGCUGUUAGAGAAAUGUAAUGUAAAAGAGCUUCUUUGCAUCGCAUUUAAGCAUUUCAUAUUUUCAUCAUUUUUCUUACAAUAUUCUAAAUUAUUGAUGAUUUUUUUGUUUUCACUUAUUUCUAAAAAAUGCGUUCCGAAAUUCAUUGCAAGUACUAAAAAUUACAACUCACGUUGCAUACAAUACUAUAAAUUUUUAGUGCUCUGAGUAAAUAAUGGAACGCAUUUAAAAUUUUGUUCUUUUGUUUCCAAAUUGAAAUAGAACAAUAGCAUCGUCAUGGCAAAAGUUUUCCCAAUUCCGAAUUAACUGCUUAUACAUAUAAAAAUUUGCUUCACUGAAGAACUUCCGGCUCGAAUGUUAGAACAUAUCUUUAGAUAAUUUUUAGAGACAAAAACGAAAACGGGAGUUUGCGCGACUUUAAUCUUUUCUGCUGAUUAUAAUAGCGGCAUACGCUGUUAAAGGGCUGAUACACGAAAAGACACUGCACUCGUACAAUGCAUAUCUAAUAUCUGUACCCCUCUAUACCUCUACUUGAAUAAUAACUGAAUAAAAUCGAGAGGCGGAAUCCUUUCCAAAGUUCUAACAUUUCACGGGCAUUGCACAGCGAACGAGAGUACUUAUCAGCGGCCGCGGCAGAAAGGAUUACAGAUCGCCGAACGUCGAGCCCGCAGAACCAUGUCGAGACAUAUCGCUGGGAGUCGGCACUAGACUCGUCGGGCGCGCCGUUUAUUAUUACUAAUUAUUAUAAACGGAUAUUUUUGUACAGCGUCUUACAAUGUGGUCGGAUCGUUGCCGGCACGCCCGACGGGCGCACGACCGCCCCGCCAUACUUACUUUAUUUAAUAGCGCGCGAUACCCUGAAGACGCGUAAACGCAUAUGUACACGAUGAUACACGUAUACAUAUAUAUAUAUAUACAUGUAUAUAUAUGUAUAUACACGCAGGUGUAUCAGCAGGACGUGUAAACGAAAUGAUCACAGGUCGCAUCCAGAAUUCACCCACGCGAAAGGACGAUAAACGGAGCUUAACUAUCGAUCAAAGGAUGUAUCUUUGUAAUCUCGGUGCUCGCUCACACGUCGCUUCUUCGCACGAGUCCAGAAACCUCGUAUCUGUGUUAACACAUACCAGUUAUACGCACACAUACACGGCGUACAACACGUAUUACAGAAGCUAUCUACAUGGACGAAACACGACACGUUAGUCUUAUGUGCUCUCGUGAGCGCGUUUCAUCUUCUUUCUUCACUGUCUUCUAUUAUAUAAAUAAAGAAGUCUUACGUAAUUCUUACGUACAUAAGAAUAAAGUUCGUGUGGAAUUAGAUAAAGAAGGAUUAGUUCUUGAUGUACACACGUCUACGUCUUUCGGCAUAAAUGCUCUUAGGCAGAGAUACGUAUACUUGUACACACAUAAUUGAACGAAUACACGUACACGAGACUAACUCACGCCUAAUGUUAUAUUGAUGUUAUAUAUAUAUAUAAAUAUAUAUGGUUACUAUACGACACACAUACACGAACUUCGUCUGUAUAUGUCUAUACAUAAUGUUAAAUAUAUAUAGCCAUUAUAUAAUAAUUAUUACGUGAUAUGUAUGUAUUAUGAAACAUUUUUCCCUUACCGACUCGCGACUCGCUACUCAAAUUCUAAUGUCUAUAUGUCAUUGUUUAUUAUGUCGUUAAUGAUUAACGUGUAUAUGUGAAACUUUCAAAUGAAUAAAAAUGAUAUAAGCAGAA